GCGUACUUCACCGUGGUAAUGUUGUCAAUAAAUUUCAUGUUGUCAAUAAAUAUAGAACACAUAUGGCGUUUUAUCUACGUUCAAAGUGUUCUGCAUGUUGGAGGUACUAUUUACUUUUCUUAUGUUUCAUUUGGUCGCUGAUAAUUUUAUUGAACGAGUUACUAGAUCCGUGCAAUUUUACGAUCACGCAAGGGAUUCAGUCAUUUUCGUCAAAACUAAACUGCCAUCUCGCAGACAAUUUUCAAAGCAAAGCCUUGUAUACCGAUGUGGAGGUUGUGGGAAUUGACGAAACAACAAGUGAACCAAGUGGUAAAGCGAAAUACAUUCUGGUUUUGCCCAGAAAAACGUCUUGCAUUUCAUGUACUAGGGAAUCAUGUCAUGGCGUCCGCCAUCUUGUAAAUAUCCUUGAGUCUUGGAGUGACUUUGAUGGAGCUACGUGUAGUGAUGAUAAUCAUUCUAUUUUUAACACUAGCAUAAAAUCAUGUAUCUUUUUCACCAAACACUGGAGUAUUGUUAUACAAGAAGGUGGUGAAAUACAAACAAGGCAAAUAGCUGGCCAGUUACUCACAUUUUUCAACUGCAAUAUCGUGGAAGCACCAUUCCUGAUUCGACGGAAUGUGUUCAACAGGCUUGGUCUGAGACCAUCACAUGGGGAAACUACUUUGAUUGAUUUUUUUCUCAGAUCAAAAGGUGCUCUCAAAAUAGCUUCUUCUCUUAAUUGUAGUUUUACAGAUGAGCAGUUGGUCACUGAUAGGGGAGCCAUGGAAACAAAACAGAUAUAUCUCGACUAUGGUCUCUUGGGAUUUAAUCAUAAUAUCUUAAGAGUAAUUCGUGAAAACUCAGUCACCUGGACCCAGUGCUCUAGAAACGUAUAUUACUGCCCAAAUAAACCUCUACAAGAAAUUGGAAACUCUAUUUCAGGAAAACUGUCACUGUUCUGUUGUGAUGUGGCUUUAAAUCAGUAUCUAAUUGACGCUGUUGACGGCCUUAGUAAAGCUGGGAUUGAUUAUCGUCUUUCUUUUGGUACUCUGUUAGGAGCUGUGAGAUCUAAAAACAUUAUUCCCUGGACAAAAGACAUUGACAUUGAUCUUACACUCGAAGAUUAUAAGGAUUCCAAUGCUUUUAAUAGAUUGCAACAAAUUAUGCAAAAGAAGCACUAUUCUACCCCACUUAUAUACGAACUUAGAAGAAUAAUACCUCUUUUUCCAUUGAAAACUCAAGUCCCAGACCUGUUUAAACAUGAUUUAUUUAGUAAGACAAUACUAGAACAAAUGAAAGGUGUUCUACCAAUCAAACAACCUGAAUGGAAUUCAAUAGGCUAUGUUGAUAUAUACCCAUAUGAGGAGCCUAGGGCCUCACCCACAAAUAUUACUAUCAAUGGUCGGGGUUAUAAAACCCAUAGCGAUCCUGAAACGUAUCUUGAAAAGGCUUUUGGACAUUCUUGGAGGGUUAUUCAGUCUGGAUAUAAGUCUAAAGACCCUCACAAGCCAUGGCUUUGGAAAUUGGAUACAAGUAUGGUACAGGAGGAUAUUCCAACCCCUAAAGGAUACUGUGGUAUAUAUCGAACUUCUAGUGUGGUUAUUCUAGGCAUAACUGGAUUCCCAUUCAUUAUUUGUACUUUUAUUCCAAUUCUAGUUAGGAAAGUGAAGGGAAUGACUUUUUCAAAAUAAAAUAAACAAGCUUUGCUGAAAGAGAGUUGCUAUUUUUUCACAAUUUCAUUAGUCUAGCUGUGCCUUAAGCUCAUGCAUCAUUGGUUAUAUGCCUUCUAGUUCUUGGUUAUAUGAAUGAUGAAUUCAUUACCAUAUGAAGAGGAAACCAACAAGUAUGAAGAGUAGAGUGAUCAGAAGCAAAACUGCUAGUUUAACUAGCCAUUUGUCCUUGAGGAGGGUUCUACUUUACCCUAUUACAUAAUGAGGGGGGUUCGACUUUAUUGGUCCCAGGUUUGGGGAG